AUGCGAGAAAGCAGAGAUGCUUUCAGGAUCCUCUUGAUCUUGGAAAAAGGACUGGAGGAGAUCACACCGAAGCCCGUUCAGGACACGGGGAACGUUCUGAAGCAGGGAUAUCUGGAGAAGAGGUCCCGAGAGCACAGCUUUUUUGGGUCGGAGUGGCAGAAGCGGUGGUGUGUCCUCAACAGAAGGACCUUUUACUACUACGCCAAUGAGAAAAGCAAGCAACCUAAAGGCACCUUCUCCAUUGAGCGCUACAGCGCCCGGCUGGCUUCCCAUCUGCGCAAAGACUCUCGAAAAAGAUGCUGUUUCGAGUUAAUCUGCCCCGGCAAACGCACCUAUGAGUUCACAGCCCCAAGCCCAGCAGAGGCUGAAGACUGGGUGGAUCAGAUCCAGUUCCUCCUGAAGGACCUGAGCUCCCUCACUAUCCCAUGCGACGAGGAGGAUGAAGAACCCUACAAUGACGUGGACAGUUCGGACUCUGUGAACACAGCAUCCCAAAAUACCACCCUGAAUCAGGAUGAGCCAAACAUUGAGAUGGAAGAGGAUGACAUCUAUGAGGUUUUGCCAG